CACGACCCUACAAGAGGCGGAGGCAGAAUGAGGAAAGUGGGAAGAAGUUACGAAUUUUACUGAGCACCUACUAUUUGCAGGGCACUUGCUGGGACCUCCCCUGUCCUCGGCUCCCAAAAGUCCCAGCUCAGAACCGGUACAGAGGAAGGAAAGGGGCGGAGUCAGAGCGGGGAGAGGCCGCUGGGCGGUCUGUCUGUCCCCUUCCCCUAAAGGACGGCGGGGCUGCUGCAGCCGGAGGGUGUGUGUGGGAGUGGGAGGCGGCCGGACCUGGAAGUGGAGGUGGCGGGUCCCUGGGCAAGGAAAGGCUUAAUUGUGCAAGGGCUUCCUGCCCUGCCCGCCCGCCCGCGGCCCCAGCCCCACCACCGAUCAGCCGGCUUUCUGCGGCCGGGGAGGCGGGACGGGAAGGCAAAGGCAGGAAAGGGUUACGGGAAUAGCUUUCCAAUGACAAAGUCUGGAAGGGACCCAUGCCUCCGCCCCUCUGCGGGUUAAACGGGCACAGUGCAGGGGGAGGGAGGCGGGGGCGCCCCGAAGCAGAGCCCUCCCGCCGCCCCCCGGCCGCCGCGCGCUCCCCUCCCCGGGCAGCGGUCGGGCCGCCGGCGUGUGCCUGGGGCAGCGGGUCACGAGGCUCCGCCCCCGGCCGCCCGGCCCCGGGGACGCACUUUGUUCAGGAUGCCGCCUCCCUCCGCAUUGUGGGGCCGGGGCCGGCGGCGGCCCUAGUGCGAGCCCGAGGCGGGAGCGCGCAGCCACGCCGAGACCCGUGCGCGGGGCGGACGCGGCCCCGGAGCCCCGAGAAACUUUCCUCUCGCGAGGAGCAGGCCCCCGGCCCGGCGCCGCUCGGGAUGCGCCCCUCUGCGCGGCGGCGGCGCGGACCCGGAGCCCGGGAGGGCGCGCGCGCCGGAUAGAAGCCCGCAUCGCCAUCCUUGAUACCCGUGGGCAGGAUGGCCCGUGUGAACUCUGCCAGCCGCCCCCACUAUGCCUCCUCCAUCCCUGUGCCCCGGGCUGCUUCCCAGACCAGGAUUCACACACCGGGCGCCUCUCCCCAGCUGCGGCCGCGCCAGGCUGGCCUGGCCCUGAGUCCCCAGCGAGCAGCCUCCCCAGGACUGGGCAGGGCUGGAGCCCCUUGCAGAGGCCCCUCUCCGAAGGCCUCCCGGGGAAGAGGCUCAGCCAAGGCCUCUGGGGUAGUAAGAGAGUCUGUCGAAGGCGGGGAAGGCCUCUCCAGCUCCCCAUGGGGCAGUCCCCGAGCAACCCCAAGAGCAGCCAUCUCCAGCCAGGCUGGGACCAGAAGAGGUGGGGUGACCCCGGGCCCCCAGGGAAAGAAGAAGGUGGUCCAGGAGGGAGUUCCAGUCCACCAGAGCCGGGGCAGGAGCCCACCCCGAAUGAGCUCUCAUGGAGAAAUUCUAAUCCCAGGGGCGCCUGAAGGUCAAAACCCUCCUAACUACUCAGGAAAAGAUCAAAGAGCUACAAACUGCAACAGUUCUGGGGUCCCGAGGUCCUUGGAGCCUGAUGCCUCGGCAGGCUCAGGGGCUUGCUCCCCGGUCAGCAGCCCCGUGCAGAGCACACGGCCCUCCCCCACCCUGGGGGCCAUCAGCUUCUCCUCCGGACAUCAGCAGAGCCAGCCGGUCACCGCCACGGUGGCCCCCUUCCAGUACAGGCUGCAGACAGACCAGGAACCUGGCCCCCUCCCGCAGGGUGGCUCUGCCUUUGAUGGCUACUCCAGUGCCCCUGGCAGGACUGAGACCGAGGAGAGCUUCUCUUGCAUGGUGCCUGCAGACGCGCGGAUCGUCCAUGCGCUCCUCGCGGGCAGAAUGCUGGGCAGCAGCGUCAAGAGCGCGCAGCCCGAGGUGGAGCUGAGCGGCGGCGGCGACGAGGGCGCGGACGAGCCCCGGGGCGCGGGUAGGAAGGCGGCCGCGGCGGACGGCAAAGGCAUGCUGCCCAAGCGCGCCAAGGCGCCCGGCGGCGGCGGCGGCGUGGCCAAGGCCAGCGCGGCCGAGCUGAGGGUCUUCAAGUCCGGCAGCGUGGACGGCCGAGCCCCCGGCGGACCGCCGGCCUCCAACCUGCGCAAGCAGAAGUCGCUCACCAACCUCUCCUUCCUCACGGACUCCGAGAAAAAGCUGCAGCUCUAUGAGCCCGAGUGGAGCGACGAUAUGGCCAAGGCGCCCAGGGGCUUGGCUAAGGCGGGGUCCAAAGGCCGCGAGGCCCCGCUCAUGUCCAGGACGCUGUCCAAAUCGGAGCACUCGCUCUUCCAGGCCAAGGGCGUCCCGGCAGGCGGUGCCAAGACCCCUCUGGCCCCGCUUGCGCCCAGCUUGGGAAAGCCGAGCCGGAUCCCGCGCGGCCCCUACGCCGAGGUCAAGCCGCUGAGCAAGGCUCCUGAGGCUGCCGUGAGCGACGACGGCAAGUCGGACGACGAGCUGCUCUCCAGCAAGGUCAAGGCACAGAAGGGCUCCGGGCCCGGGCCCGCUGCCAAAGGCCAGGAGGAGCGCGCCUUCCUCAAGGUGGACCCCGAGCUCGUGGUGACCGUGCUGGGAGACUUGGAGCAGCUGCUGUUCAGCCAGAUGCUGGACCCAGAGUCCCAGAGAAAGAGGACGGUGCAGAAUGUCCUGGAUCUCCGGCAGAACCUGGAGGAGACCAUGUCCAGCCUGCGGGGCUCUCAGGUGACUCACAGCUCCCUGGAGAUGACCUGCUAUGACAGCGAUGACGCCAACCCUCGCAGCGUGUCCAGCCUCUCCAACCGCUCGUCCCCGCUCUCCUGGCGCUACGGCCAGUCCAGCCCCAGGCUGCAGGCCGGUGACGCGCCGUCCGUGGGAGGGGGCUGCCGCCAGGAGGGCCCGCCCGCCUGGUACAUGCACGGGGAGCGGGCCCACUACUCGCACACCAUGCCCAUGCGCAGCCCCAGCAAGCUCAGCCACAUCUCCCGCCUGGAGCUGGUCGAGUCCCUGGACUCAGACGAGGUGGACCUCAAGUCCGGCUACAUGAGCGACAGCGACCUCAUGGGCAAGACCAUGACCGAGGAUGACGACAUCACAACCGGCUGGGAUGAAAGCAGUUCCAUCAGCAGUGGGCUCAGUGAUGCCUCAGACAACCUCAGCUCAGAAGAGUUCAAUGCCAGCUCCUCACUCAACUCCCUCCCAACCACUCCCACUGCUUCUCGCAGGAACUCAACAGUAGUGCUGCGCACAGAUUCAGAGAAGCGCUCACUGGCAGAAAGCGGACUGAGUUGGUUUAGUGAAUCUGAGGAGAAGGCCCCCAAAAAGCUGGAGUACGACAGCGGCAGCCUGAAGAUGGAGCCGGGGGCUUCCAAGUGGCGGAGGGAGCGACCCGAGAGCUGCGACGAUUCAUCCAAGGUUGGGGAGCUGAAAAAGCCCAUCAGCCUGGGCCAGCCUGGCUCCCUGAAGAAGGGCAAGACCCCCCCAGUGGCUGUCACGUCUCCCAUCACUCACACGGCCCAGAGUGCCCUCAAGGUCGCAGGUAAAUCCGACGGCAGAAGCGCGGACAAAGGCAAGCUCGCCGUGAAGAGCGCCGGGCUGCAGCGGUCCUCCUCCGACGCCGGCCGCGAGCGCCUGAGCGACGCCAAGAGGCCGCCCUCGGGCAUCGCCCGCCCCUCCGCGUCGGGAUCCUUCGGCUACAAGAAGCCGCCUCCCGCCACGGGCACCGCCACCGUCAUGCAGGCUGGUGGCUCGGCCACCCUCGGCAAGAUCCAGAAGUCCUCGGGCAUCCCCGUCAAGCCCGUGAACGGGCGCAAGACCAGCCUGGACGUUUCCAACAGCGCGGAGCCCGGCUUCCUGGCGCCCGGAGCCCGUUCCAACAUCCAGUACCGCAGCCUGCCCCGGCCGGCCAAGUCCAGCUCCAUGAGCGUGACCGGCGGGCGGGGGGGGCCGCGCCCCGUCAGCAGCAGCAUCGACCCCAGCCUCCUGAGCGCCAAGCAGGGGGGCCUCGCCCCGUCCAGGCUGAAGGAGCCUUCCAAGGUGGCCGGGGGGCGGCCCGCGCCCGCGCCUGUCAAUCAGACGGACCGCGAGAAGGAGAAGGCCAAAGCGAAGGCGGGGGCUGUGGACUCCGACGGCGGCCCCCUGCAGAGCGGCGGCUCCCCAGAGAACGCCCCCAGGAGCCAAGCGAGCCACCCCCCAGCCGCCAAGCUGGCGGAGCUGCCGCCGACCCCUCUCAGGACUGCCGCUAAGAGCUUUGUCAAGCCACCCUCACUAGCCAAUCUAGACAAGGUCAACUCCAACAGUCUGGACCUGCCCUCGUCUAGUGACGCCCACCCGCCCAAGGUCCCGGAUCUGCAUGCUACAAGCUCGGCCACAGGAGGCGCUCUCCCUUCCUGCUUCACCCCCAGUCCAGCACCCAUUCUCAAUAUCAACUCUGCCAGCUUCUCCCAAGGCCUGGAGCUCAUGAGUGGCUUCAGUGUUCCAAAAGAGACCUGCAUGUACCCCAAACUCUCAGGCCUGCACAGGAGCAUGGAGUCCCUCCAGAUGCCAAUGAGCCUGCCCAGUGCCUUCCCCACCAGUGCGCCCAUCCCCACCCCGCCUGCUCCCCCAGCCGCACUCCCAGAGGAAGAGGUGGAAGAGCUGACCUGGAGCGGAAGCCCCAGAACUGGGCAGUUGGACAGUAAUCAGCGGGAUCGGAACACCCUUCCCAAGAAAGGGCUCAGGUACCAGCUUCAGGCCCAAGAGGACACCAAGGAGAGGCGACAUUCCCACACCAUCGGGGGGCUACCUGAAUCCGACGACCCGUCCGAGCUGCCUUCCCCCCCUGCCCUCUCCAUGUCCUUGAGUGCAAAGGGCCAGCUUACCAACAUAGUGAGUCCCACUGCGGCCACGCCAAGAGUCGCCCGCUCCAACAGCAUCCCCACCCACGAGGCCGCCUUCGAGCUGUACAGCGGCUCCCAAAUGGGGAGCACCCUGUCCCUGGCCGAGAGACCCAAGGGAAUGAUUCGGUCCGGAUCCUUCCGAGACCCCACGGACGAUGUUCAUGGCUCGGUGCUGUCCCUGGCCUCCAGCGCCUCCUCCACUUACUCCUCAGCUGAGGAGAGGAUGCAGUCUGAGCAAAUCCGGAAGCUUCGUAGGGAAUUGGAAUCGUCCCAGGAGAAAGUGGCCACCCUGACAUCUCAACUCUCUGCCAACGCUAAUCUAGUUGCAGCGUUUGAGCAGAGCCUGGUGAACAUGACCUCCCGCCUACGACACCUGGCAGAGACGGCAGAGGAGAAGGAUACUGAGCUACUUGAUUUACGAGAAACCAUAGACUUUCUGAAGAAAAAGAACUCUGAGGCUCAGGCCGUCAUUCAGGGAGCCCUUAAUGCCUCGGAAAUCACACCCAAAGAACUUCGGAUCAAGAGACAGAACUCCUCAGAUAGCAUCUCGAGCCUCAACAGCAUUACCAGCCACUCCAGCGUUGGUAGCGGCAAGGAUGCUGAUGCAAAAAAGAAGAAGAAGAAGAGCUGGCUUCGAAGUUCCUUCAACAAAGCCUUCAGUAUAAAAAAGGGACCCAAGUCGGCUUCCUCAUAUUCUGAUAUCGAGGAGAUUGCCACACCCGACUCCUCGGCCCCCUCGUCCCCCAAACUACAGCAUGGCCCCACGGAGACGGCUUCACCCUCCAUCAAGUCCUCCACCUCAUCCUCCGUGGGCAUGGAGGCCACCGAGGGCCCUGCCCACUCGGGUCCCCACACCAGGCUGUUCCAUGCCAGUGAGGAGGAGGAGCCGGAGAAGAAGGAGGUAUCAGAGCUGCGUUCCGAGCUGUGGGAGAAAGAGAUGAAGCUUACAGACAUCCGCUUGGAAGCCCUCAACUCUGCCCACCAACUGGACCAGCUUCGCGAAACCAUGCAUAACAUGCAGUUGGAGGUGGACUUGCUGAAAGCAGAGAAUGACCGGCUAAAGGUGGCCCCAGGCCCCUCAUCGGGAUCCGCUCCAGGGCAGGUCCCUGCACCGUCUGCUUUGUCAUCCCCUCGCCGCUCCCUGGGUCUUGCGCUCACUCAUUCCUGCAGCCCAAGCCUCACAGACACAGACCUGUCCCCCAUGGAUGGCGUCAGCAGCAGUGGCCCAAAGGAGGAAGCGACCCUGCGGGUGGUGGUGAGGAUGCCCCCCCAGCACAUCAUCAAAGGGGACCUGAAGCAGCAGGAGUUCUUCCUGGGAUGCAGCAAGGUCAGUGGAAAAGUCGACUGGAAGACCCUGGAUGAAGCUGUUUUCCAAGUGUUCAAGGACUAUGUCUCCAAGAUGGACCCAGCCUCGACCCUGGGCCUCAGCACAGAGUCCGUCCAUGGCUACAGCAUCAGCCACGUGAAGCGAGUGUUGGACGUGGAGCCCCCGGAGAUGCCUCCGUGCCGUCGAGGUGUCAAUAACAUAUCAGUCUCCCUCAAAGGUCUGAAGGAGAAGUGCGUCGACAGCCUGGUGUUUGAGACGCUGAUCCCCAAGCCGAUGAUGCAGCACUACAUCGGCCUGCUGCUCAAGCACCGGCGCCUCGUGCUCUCGGGCCCCAGCGGCACCGGCAAGACCUACCUGACCAACCGGCUGGCCGAGUACCUGGUGGAGCGCUCUGGCCGCGAGGUCACCGAGGGCAUCGUCAGCACCUUUAACAUGCACCAGCAGUCUUGCAAGGAUCUACAACUAUACCUCUCCAACCUGGCCAACCAGAUAGACCGGGAAACAGGGAUUGGGGACGUCCCUCUGGUGAUCCUACUGGAUGACCUGAGUGAGGCAGGCUCCAUCAGCGAGCUGGUCAACGGGGCCCUCACCUGCAAGUAUCACAAAUGUCCCUAUAUUAUAGGUACCACCAAUCAGCCUGUAAAAAUGACGCCCAAUCAUGGCUUGCACUUGAGCUUCAGGAUGUUGACCUUCUCCAACAACGUGGAACCAGCCAAUGGCUUCCUGGUUCGUUACCUGAGGAGGAAGCUGGUGGAGUCAGACAGUGACAUCAAUGCCAACAAGGAAGAGCUGCUUCGGGUGCUCGACUGGGUGCCCAAGCUGUGGUACCAUCUCCACACCUUCCUUGAGAAGCACAGCACCUCAGACUUCCUCAUCGGCCCUUGCUUCUUUCUGUCCUGCCCCAUUGGCAUCGAGGACUUCAGAACCUGGUUCAUUGACCUGUGGAACAACUCUAUCAUUCCGUACCUACAGGAAGGAGCUAAGGAUGGGAUCAAGGUCCAUGGACAGAAAGCUGCUUGGGAGGACCCAGUGGAGUGGGUCCGGGACACUCUCCCCUGGCCAUCAGCCCAGCAAGACCAGUCAAAGCUGUACCACCUGCCCCCACCCACCGUGGGCCCUCACAGCAUGGCUUCACCUCCUGAGGACAGGACAGUCAAAGACAGUACCCCGAUUUCCCUGGAUUCAGACCCUCUGAUGGCCAUGCUGCUGAAACUUCAAGAAGCUGCCAAUUAUAUUGAGUCUCCAGAUCGAGAAACCAUCCUGGACCCCAACCUCCAGGCAACGCUCUGAGGGUCCCGCAGUCCCUGUCAUCAGCGGGUAUCAGCUCCGUCGGUGCCUCCUCUCCCCUCUCCUCUUACAGAGCUCUGGCUCGAGGCCCAAGAGGAGACCAGGAGAGAGGAGCAGGGAGAGAGGAGGACUGGGCUCUUGGUGCUGCAGCUUUGGGGACUGGCAGCGUGCAGUGGGGACACUGGGGUCCUCUGGAUACACUUCUAGGCCUCCUCUCACGACUUUGGGGAAAAGAUAGUUCUGGGUCUUUUUCCUUUAUUUCUUGUCUCAGUUUCAGACUCCUGGCCUUUCGGGGGAGGGGAUCAGAAGACAUCAAAGAAACCUGCAGCGGUUCCUAACCAGUCCUCCCGAGGGACUCUGAGAGACAGUGCUCUGUGGGGAAAUCUGCGGGGAGCAGAAGCUCCCUGGAAUCUCUUGCAGACUCUGCCCAGUUCUGUCACCACUGCCAACAGCUCUUCCCCCCGAGAUCUGGCUGGAGCCCAGAAAAAGAAGCAGCAUGUGGUUUAAAAAAUGUUUAAAUCAAUUUAUAAAAAGUAAAAAGAAAAAUAAAAGGAAAAGAUGAAGCUGGAGAGAGGGGAACCAGUUGCGAAGGUAGAGAGACGCCCUGCCCACCCCGGGUGACAUAGGGGACGUCGACAAGACAGCUGCCAAUCUAAGAAGUCGCCAAACCAUGAAAAUAACAUUACAGCCUUCAAAGACUGCUAGUUCUGUCUUACACCUCCUAAUUUAACAUGCAUGAAGUCAAUAAACCCUCCUUUUUUAAUUUUUGAUUUUUGGGUUUUUUUCUCCCAUUUGCCUAUUUAUUUUCCCUUUUUUUUUUGUUGUUUUGGUUUUUUUUGCAUUUCCUCACAUGUCCACAAGAUGCUCAGGUUGCUGUUCCAGGAGCUAGUUUGAUUUUUCCAAGUGGGUUUUCUUUGGAGAAUCUGAUGCCAUCUAAUUGGCACCAGCUAGACACCUUCCAUGUCACCGUCUCUGGCAUCCUGGGGCUUACUAUAUGAGACAUGAAGCAUUGGCUCGGAAGUAGUAAGAGAAGAGGAACCUUUAUUUCCCUUUUGAGAAAGCACACGUUUUGCCUGGGAGCUCAGCUGCCAGCCUCUGUCAUGAGAGCGUAUCGCCCCAUCUUGAUAGAAGAUCUACGCUGAGCUUCGCCGUGGACUAGAGGAGAACUAGGAAGCCAGAAGUAUUCCUCUGUCUUGUGGCCUGUCUUUCCCCUCAUUCUUCUGAUGGUGGCCACUUUGCCUGACUGAAUCCAGAAUCCCUGGCUGACCUUUACUAUGUGUUUUGGAAAAGUGAAUAGUCACUCAGCAGAGAAUUGACAUCCAUGUGGAAUAUACUCCCAGUCAGAAUACAAGGCUCAAAGAAUCCGACUUGGUAGCAAAGAUCUGCCUUCCAAAGGGAUCCUCCUUUUACAGAAGUUUCCCUGAAGGUCUGGCUGCCUACACACUAAUUCAGCAAGUAUCUACUAAGUACCUCCUGUGUGCCAGCCACUAGGUCAAAAAAAAAAAAAAAAAGACUUGGGUCCUUAGGUUCACAAUCUAGUAGAAAUAUUAACCUCCAUGAAGUACACAUCCCAUUAUCUAGGUCUUCAGGAUAAUCUAAGAAAUGUAGCCAAAACCCAAGGAACCAACUAGAAAGAAGAUUAAUUACGUCCAAUACAUUGGCAGCAGAAGAUCUGCGAUCAGUUAAGGUGGAACCUUGAAGGACUAUUGCAUUUUGUUUAUCCAGUGGGCAAAUCUACUCCCGCCAUUUAUGAAAACCCCUGUGGGAUCAGAUCGAGGCUGAGCUUCCUGAUGAGGCCAAAGUUUCAGGGCUCUGCAGAUCAGGGAUGUGUGAAGAGCCUGGGUCCAAGUAUCUGCUCUUCAGAUUCCUAAGUAGCAACAAGAUCUUAGAAUCUACAGGCAUGCAAACCUAGAUCACUGUGUCCCACCAAAUGAAGAAUUAGAUGCAUCUGAAUCUUCAUCUCUCUUAUUUUGGUCCAAAAGAUGGUCUAGAAUGUUCCCCAGGAAAGCUGCUGCAUUCAACUAGUAGCUCCCAGAGAUGACGGGGCCCUCUGUGCUGGAGACCGUUCUUGGUAUUGCUGCUAAGUCCGUGUGCAAUGAAGAUACCUGACCAAUUCAGCUGUAAAAUACGCAGCUCUGUGGUGGGAAGAGGCUGUUUGUCCAAGGAUGGUGCUGAAAUCACUGCCUUAAGGUCUCCGCUGUGCAGAAUGAGGAGGCCCCAGAGCCGGGUGUUCUAAUUGGAAGGAAGGGACGACCGUAUGGGCCUCUUCUGAACCCCUGUCCUUAGCUCCAGUCCGUGGCAGGGCUCAGACUUCAAUGCCACCUUCAUGAAGUGGCUGAGCCCUUGACUUUCUAUUUUCUGGUGCUGCCCAGCCAGUGCCUUCUGUCAUGGAUGUUACUGGCUACUUGAGGAAAGGGAAAGGGGAGAGCCCUUUCCUCCAUUCCAUCUGCCUCAGACCCCUGGAGGGAUUCUUGUGUCCCUGGCAACCAUGGAUACCACCCUGAAUUCACCUGGAUCCUCAGCAGGUUGGUUCUGGAGGCCUCUUGUGUUCGGACUUUCAUCUCUGUUCCUGGGAUCCGUCCCCCUCUGCUCCGAGUUGACUGCUGCAUUUUAGCCCAGGUCUCCAGUUGCUUUCUUCCAGGAAGUGUGUUCCCAUCGAGCAAGGUGGUACCGCAGCUUCAGCUUUCCCUCGGGAGCAGGGGACCCUGUUUACAGUUGCACACCUGGGACCCCACUGCAGGGAUCCAUCCUCUCACCACAGAAUCACAGUGAUGUGGCAACUGCAGAAGGUUGAGCCUCCUCAUGGUGCUAUAACCCCUUGGGACGCUCACCCAGACUUCUCCAACACAGGAAACCUGAGCUCCCCUGACUGCCCUAGAAUUAACGGCAAGAUCAAAUUCAUAGCAUUCUCUCUACCUAUGACACCUGCUUCUUGGUCGAGACCACUGGGAUCCUUCAAGAAAGGAAAACCAGGUCCCAGAGCAAAAUUUGUAGCCCCAGGCACCUUCAGAAGAAUCCAGCCUAUCUAAGACUGGAAUGUGUGCUAUCCUCUUCCUCUCUAGUCCUUCAACUCCAGUCCUCACCAAGGUUGGCUAGCAGAUGACAUGUUUCAAUACCUAACAUCAACUUCUGGGGAGAGCCACAACUCCCAGAAACCUUCAGCAGAUCCCUCUCAUUUCUGGGUAAAGAAGACCAAUGCGUUUGUCCCGUGUAUUUGUUUCUCAAUCCCUACCUAGGCACUAAAAAUAAAACUAGGUAAUUGGAGGCUAAUAUGGGACCUGAUGUCUGUGUGUGUGUCUCUCUCUUCUCUCUCACCAGAGCAGUUUUGCUAUUCCUGAUCUUCUAAAGCUUCAUGGAGUAUUUAAAAAUAAUCUAUGCUUUGUGACAGCUCUGUGGUGCUUAUCUCUGUCUUUGUGUGAAUCCUUAUGCCAACAUCUUUUUCAUGUAGUCUAACCAUUGGGGAGCCAGAGGCUGGCAGGGAAGAAGGAUUUGCUAAAAGUCCAUGGAGAGACCCUCCCUACAAUGAAGUCCUUAUUGAUUGGCAUGCCGAGUUUGGGUCUUGAAUCACCAACUUUCGAAUGAAUCUAUCUGUACUCCUUAAGGACUUAAAGACAGAAGCGUGCUUUUUCUUCUCCUGUCAUUGCUUGCCUUCUGGUUUUCGAGACUCCAAGUGGACCUAAUCUCAUCCUCGCUUCACUUCUAGCUUCCUGAGACAAGGGUCCCAGUAUUGAGAGGGAUACCCUAUUCAGUAUCAGAGGUAACUCCUGUGGUAUUCCCAGCGAGCAGGAAGAGGGCAGUGGUAACCUGCUCUUUCUCACAAACACCUCCCAUCAUCACAGGGGAUGGCUCUCCUGCAUAUUAGGUGAAAUUUGACUGAGUGGGCCUUGGUCCUGCAAGACAGGAUCGGGAAAGACCUACAUGAGACUUGAAGGAUUUUUUUACUGCAAGGUGUUUGGGAGAGGAAACACUGUUGUCCUAAUCACACCUUAAGACAGGUUUCAGGUGUGUUCAAGUCCAGGGUUUUCUGGAUUGCCAAAUGUAACUGCCCACCACACUUUGUUAUUCAUUCCUUACUCCUGGGCUUAGCUGAGCUUAAGCCACCAACUAGGCUCCUGUAAGCCAACGCCACUGAUGGCACAAAAGGGAGGGUUCACUAACAGAGGUGUGCGGGUGGAAUGCUGGUUCACUCUUAUGAUGAUUAAUAACUACUGCUGAGUUCUGGUUCAUGGCCCCAUUGAAAAGGCCAUAAGUAAUAAUAAUGAGCUUAGGGAUGCUAUGUUUCCAGAAGGCCAAGUCUGAAGAUGCUGCCCUUUAUAACCAAAUCAGCUAUAUAUAUCCAUGAGGCCUCGGUCAACCUGAUCAGGGAUAUCUAGGGCCAGCCACUUGGCUCUCCCCACCGCUGAGGGUCCAUGUGUGCUCCAGCUAGCCCUGGAAGCCAGCACUGCCAGCCAUGGACCCUGGGGAAGUGGGAAAUAAACUGAAAGCUGGUAGAGUCUCAAAGUGAGGACACCAAUAGAAAUUUGGAAACUGCAGAGACCAGUAGAGUUGAAAAUGAAACCUAUGCAUGCUGGGUCUUCCCAGUUUGUUGUUUUGGCUAUUUUUCUUAAUGAUGAUGCCAUGGAGAAUUUUCUGUGACAGGAGUGGUCAUGGAAGGAAGUAAAUCUUUGCUUCCUUGAUUCAGUUCUUCAGUUUCUUAAAGCAGUGGUUCCCAUCAUAUGUUUCCAGACCAGCAGAAUCUGGGAACUUGUUAAAAAUGAAAUUCUCAGACCCCAUCCCAGACAUACUGAAUCAGAAACUGGGGAGAGGGCUGCACAAUUCGUGUUAAAAUGAACUACCUUGGUAAUUCUAAUGCACAUGAUAGUUUGAAAUUCACUUGUAAAGGGAAAGCCAUGUCAGAGUCCCCACACUAAGGGGCUUUAGAACCAAAAAUAAGGUCCUCGGGUAUAGUUCAGACUUUAGCGUUAAUUUCAAAAUCACCUUUCUCAGGCUUCUGUUUUUCCUUUUAUUUAGUGCAAAAAGAAAAGGUAUGUGUGCCUAUGGGCGGAAGUUGGGGGAGUGUUUGCAUCCCUUCUCGUUGGACACAACCUUCAGAGAAAAAUCUCAUGGCACUGACGUUUCUACCUGACAAACUAAGUGGUGGUUGCAACAGAAGAAAGCAGGUGGAGGUCUCUUCCAGAUUGCUCUUCUGGUGGAUUAUUUGUGUCUACUCUGAGCCUUUUUCUGAUUAUGUAAUAGGACGAGAAAAGUUAAAAAAAAAUCCAAUUUGUAUUUCCAUGACAACUUGUUCUCCUAGCAACAUUCCUCUCUUAUUUGAGUUAGAAGAGCACUGCUGGGUCUGAGAACCUGGCCAGAACCUCCUUCCCCCGAGGCAGCUGACAGCCAGGGGCUGCAGUGUCCCGGGAAGGCCCCUCGUCCCUCGGCUCAGCUCACGGGAGAGGUCGGUGCCCUGGUGCUGGGGAAGGACAGCCUCGGGCUCCUCUCCUCUGCCAGCACCAGGACGUGAUAGAGAGUACUCAGCUGUGGUAACAGAAUAAAAAUCCUUUAGAGAAAGAAAUCUGAAAGGAGCUGCUUAUCUUUCCAAAGCCCCUGACUCUAGCUGAUGGGGCCGUGGGAGAGAGAAGGCUGUUUACAGCUGGUUUUGCUUCCAGUUUGCCAGUUUUCCCUGUAAGAGCUGUGAGUAGAGGACAAAGAAACCAGCCAGUAUUAGGCCUCAGGAGCUCUGGGACCAACGGAUCAUGUGGAGGAAGGACUGAAGCCCGAGGAAGGCAAGUGUAAAAAGCCAGUUACACUCCAGUCACCCCUCGGUCUCCAGAAGGCUGACCAGGGGUCCUUGGGCCAUCUCCUGGGGGCUCUUCCCACUUCCCUGCCAUUUCUCUGAGACCGAAUAUGUUGGAUAAGAAGGCAAGAGUUUGCAUAUCCCAGUGUCUGGGCUACUGCUGUGCAGUAGCUUCCCACUUCCUAGGGUUUUUUGUUGUUAUUCUCUGGGUUUUUUUUAACAGUGCAGUCUUUUUUUUUUUAAUGACUUCCAACCCCUGCUAGAUUCUUGUUCUCCCCGCCAAACCUCCCAUCCUGUUUUAGGCAGCACUGUUCAUGUGAUGGAGUCUGUGUUUCUCAACUGCAUGGCGAUCCUCAGGUGGAAGGUGGGCAGGAAUUUUUGCAACACUUUUCUUAUUUAUUGGACACAAAAUCCCAAACCAGGAUAUGUAUGUGUGUGUGUGUGUGUGUGUGUGUGUGUGUGUGUGUGUUUGUUUUUUUCUCAUUUUAACUCCCUCUUUCAAUCUACCCCCUUUUAUAGCGAAUGUAGAGAAAGCAAACCUGAAUGUGAAAAGCAAACCACUGUAUAUAGUUGCGGUAACAAUCAUGAAGAGAGCUGGGCUGUCCCCUCAGUAACUUGUUUUAAAUAAUAAAUUGGUGGAAAAUUAAAUCCAUGCCAGGGCCACCUGAAGAGGCCUUCCUCAUCACCACCAGAGGCCCCCUCCAUCUGGGCCCUCUGUCCGUCAGGCAUAUCUCCUCCCAGCAAGAUUCAUCUGUUCGAUGCCAUUUAUGUUUCAAUAAAGUUAUCUCCUGUACUGUCCACUGCCGCUCUCUAGCUCC